AUGAAGAGUUGUGAUUUAUGUUAAAUGGGUUCAAGAAGAAAGAUGAAAGUCUACUUAUAGGAGAAAUACUUUGAAGCAUUUAAUUUCUACUUUGCAAAACCAAUAAAUGAAAUUAUAGCUUAGAUACCUCACGCCCCGCAUGUAAUAUAUUAUAAGGAUUAUGUAAUGUUAGAUGAACGGAUGGAAUAUAUGAAAAGGUAUAUGGUGUUGGUAAUGUUAUAUUACAAGAUUCUACAGCUAAGACGAAGUUAAGCCACGUAUAGACAUACUUACAGAGUUCUACAUUUAGAAUUAUAAGCAUAUGCAUCCAAAUUUGAGUGCUACAGAUGCUCAUAAAAUUAUGAAUAAGAGAAACAAUCGAUAUGAUAAAUUGUUUUAUUAGAAAGAUUAUGAAUAGACUCAAUAACAAGUUAUUAGUCGACAGGUGUUAAAUUCAAAAUUGACAGAUAAUAUUAGUUUCGAAACUCAAGAACAUGAUAUAUAUGAAGAAGGAACCCAAGAACCAAUUAAACAAGGUUUUGAUUUAAAGGGAUUAUAAAUCAUCAGAAAUCUUUAACAAUUGAAUCAAUCUGAACAAUCUGAUAUUAGUCUAAAAGAUUGCAUUAUAUAAGUGAAUCAAAUAUAUUCAAAACAUAAGAAAUAAUCAACAUAUUCUAAAAGUAUUAAACGAAAAUAAGCAGAAAGCAAUAAGAAAGGUAUAAUGAGAUCUUUUAUAAUUAUAGGAAAUAAUUCUAAAAGUGAAUCUAAAAUAUCUUCCAAUAUAAAAUAAUAAAUAAAAGAAGAACCUUUAGAAUUAGGAAAUGCUAUUGAAUAAUUCAAUGACAUUGAUGCUAAACCUAAACUAACAAGAAUGUAGAGUGAUUCAUAAACGAUAUAGAGAAUGCUAAAAGAGUAUCAAAAAAUGAAAUAAUUGAGAAAUGCAGUUUCAUCCGAUUUGCUUCCCAUGAGUACUUCUGUUUAAGGAUUUUAAGGUUAAUAAAAAAGUAUUAGAUAAGAUCAUAAUAAUAAUAAUGGAAGUAUGCAUAGUAGUACCUCAACUAAACAAGAAGCUCUAAAAAAAGUUUAUUAACCUUUGCCCAAAAAAAUUACAUAUAAUUAAAUUGAUAAAAUAGCCAAAGGAGGUUGUUUAACUGAUAGAACUUUCAAAAAACCUCCUCCAAUCUCUGAAGAUCUUAUGCUUAAGAUUCAUGAUUAAAUCAAAGGAUUAAAUACUGUUGAAAGUAAAUAAAAAGUUGAAUUUAAAUAUAUGAUACCAUCAUAGUAUAAUUCAUAAUAAAAUCAAAAAUUAUUAAGUACCAAAGCUAAAUCAUCCAAUUCUAAAAAAAUUAUUAGUGAAUUAGGUACUAAAUCAUAACAUAUUAAUAAAUAAACCACAUAAAAAACAGAUGAAAUUGUUAAAAAAUAUAUUCAAUUUGCUUAAUAAACGAUGAAGAAAAAAUUUGAUUUUAAAUUAAAUUUACAAGGAAUGAAUGAAGAUCCUUAAGAAGAAGAAGUUUGUAAUAUAUUUAUGAUUAAACUUUUAAGCCAGCAAACGUAAUAAUUUCUUUACAGAAAGACAUAGCCAAGUCUAAGAUAGAGAACAAUUUAAUUCUCAUAGAAAAAUCUUAUAAAAAUGA